AACAACAAUAUUUCCCUCCAGCUUCACAUACAUUUCCAAUACCUCCUUAUUCUGGAGAUUUAAACCGAGGAAACUACUUUUUAACAUCCAAAAAAAGUCCCUUUUUAUCCUCCUUUUUUUCGGAGGCUGACCUCCAGGAAAGCUUCAUCACAGGCGGAGACAACAGGCUUUCAACGCCGACUUUGCUGCUUCCAAACUCGGUGUUGAAGCUGCAGCCUCCCCGGCAGGAGGAGGUCCCUGAAGGCACCGCGGUGCUGGAGGUAAUGAAUGCGUUGGCGGGGUCAAUACCGAUGAUGAUGCGACCCACGCUGGCUCAGAACUACCCCCGCAGUGGCUUCCCACUGGAAGUGUCUACCCCUUUGGGUCAAGGCCGCGUGAACCAGCUCGGAGGAGUGUUCAUAAACGGCAGACCUUUGCCCAACCACAUCCGACACAAGAUCGUGGAGAUGGCGCACCACGGAGUCCGGCCGUGCGUAAUCUCCCGGCAGCUGCGCGUCUCACACGGCUGCGUCUCCAAGAUCCUGUGCCGGUACCAGGAGACCGGCUCCAUCCGACCCGGGGCCAUCGGGGGCAGCAAACCCAAGCAGGGAACAACGCCGGACGUAGACAAGAGAAUAGAAGAUUACAAGAGGGAAAACCCGGGUAUGUUUAGCUGGGAGAUUCGGGAUAAAUUACUGAAGGAUGGGAUAUGUGACCGCAACACCGUGCCUUCAGUGAGCUCCAUCAGUCGCACCAUGCGGAGUAAGUUCGGGGGAAAAGGCGACGAAGAGGAGGAUGAGGAGGAGCUGGAGAGGAAGGAGCUGGAGGAGAGCGACCGGAGGGCCAAACACAGCAUCGAGGGCAUCUUAGGAGACAGAUCGAGUCACUCAGACGAGGGUUCGGAUGUGGAGUCGGAGCCGGAUCUGCCUCUGAAGAGGAAACAGCGCCGCAGUCGCACCACCUUCACGGCGGAGCAGCUGGAGGAGCUGGAGCGGGCCUUCGAGAGGACGCACUACCCUGACAUCUACACCCGGGAGGAGCUGGCACAGAGGGCCAAACUCACAGAGGCCAGGGUCCAGGUGUGGUUCAGCAACAGGCGGGCGAGGUGGAGGAAGCAGGCCGGAGCGAGUCAGCUGAUGGCGUUCAACCACCUGAUCCCCGGGGGCUUCCCCCCAUCAGCCAUGUCCAGCAUCCCCCCCUACCAGCUCUCUGACAGCAGUUACCCCCCCUCAUCCAUAGCACAAGUGUCGGAGCCCCACAGCACGCUGCACCGGCCCCAGCCUCUGCCCCCCUCCUCGGGCCACCAGGGCUCCGGGGGCGGAGGUCAGGUAGAAGGAGGCUCGCCAUACUGCCUGGCCUCCGGACGACACUCCUUCUCCGGAUACUCGGACGGCUUUGUGAGUGCGGGAGGACCGGCCAAUCCCAUGAACCCCGCCUUAGGAAACGGACUCUCUCCACAGGUGAUGGGUCUGUUGAACCCGGGCGGAGUGCCUCAUCAGCCCCAGAGCGACUACGCCAUCUCCCCUCUGACGGGAGGCCUGGAGCCCCCGGCCGGCAUGGCGGCGAGCUGCAGCCAGCGCAUGGAUCACAUCAAGGGCCUGGAGGGUCUCACCAGCGUCCCCUCCAUGGCGGCGCUGCCCUCCCUGCCCAGCUCCCAGUCCUACUGCCCCCCCUCCUACAGCUCGCCGGGCUACACCGUGGACCACAUGGCUUCCUACCAGUACGGCCAGUACGGACAAAGUAAGGUGCCCUUUCUUAUCUGAGGCCUGAAAUCACCUGAUCCAGAGCUCCAGACGUCACAGAGGGACAUUUAUGUGUACAGCGAUGGAAAUCUUUUAAAAUCUGGACCAAAUUUUUAUUUUGCUACUAUUUACCGGGACACUUUCUUAACUGCAGGACUUUAUAUUUUUUAAUUCUUGUUGGAGAAAUGGACAAAAAAAAAGAAGGGACCACAAGAAGGAAUAUCAGACCAAAAACUGUUGACUGAUUUCGAACAAAAACUGUCGAUUGACGGCGGAGAUGUCAGCGCUUAACGAGGUUGGUGACGUCGAGCUUUGACCGCCUGCAGAGCCACGAGGAGGCACUUUAGUGACCCAACAAAAAUCCGUGGACUCCGGGGUCUCUGUGAGCAAAGCAAACCCGAAUCUCUCCGUCAAAAUCUGCCAUCCUUUGAGGCGAUGCUUAAAGGAACAUGUUUACAUAUCUUAGGGCCACAUGAGCAUGUAUAAAAUUCCAUGUAUCCCCGAUUUAAUCCCCAGAAUAUAUCUGCUGAAAGGGGAAAAGAAUAGGGCUUUGUUGAUCUUUUUUUUAUAAUGUAUCUCCGCAUCCCACACAAGGAGAGAAAUUCCACAGACAGAGAAAACAAACGUGAGAAUCUGAAGGGUUUUUAUUGUGUCAGAGACCCUAAUGUACACCACAGCUGUACUGCAGUGAAAGUUCAUUCAAACAUUCCUCCCCCCUCUGUCUCCCCCCCUCUCCUCUCGCCUUUCUGUCUCACUCCUUCUGUCUCAUUGAUGUUUCGGACGGUGAGGCAGGGAUCCCGGCCUUUUGUAGUUUUUAGAGAGGACCUCGGAGGAGGUCAAGGGGUGACUUUAGGGAAAAUGACAGAUGAGAGAGCAGUAGAGGAGGGCGGCGGAGAAAUGGCUUUAAAGGAAGGGGAAAAAGGGAGGGGGAUAAGCAAGAUCGAUCACAGGGUUUAAAAACCCUCUAAAGAUCUUCUCCGGGCGAGAGAAAGCCACCAGGUCACAAGUCACGACCGAAAGACACUUGAGUAACCAAGAGAGUUGAGACUAAAGACUGCCAUUCUCCCAGCUGACCAGAAGUGCAAUAUCAUGUAUCUGAGAGUCCAGUACCCUAACCCCAACCCUAACCCCUCGUAAACACAAUGGAAAAGACUCUUAAAGUCUUACAAGUCAGUUGGAUUAUAACUCUGGGUGUAAUUUGGGAACAACAUGUCCAAAACAAAUGAGAAACAUUGUUAAAACUGCCAUUACAGCACACAGAAUCACAUUUGUGAGGAUUUAAAUUGUGCGUAUUGUAAGGAAAUGCAUGAAUUAAGGGAAGGCCAAUGAAUACAGAAAAUCACCUGGAAUGGAAAAAGCCAAAAUUGUACAACCAGGUCACAAGUAAACCCGAGAGACAAUUGAGAAACCAAGAGUUUACACCAUCAUCCCCACUGAUCAGAAGUGCGAUAUCAUGUAUCUUGUAGUCCCCCUCAGAAAGUCUUACGAAACAGUUUGGAUUCAUUCUCUGGGUGUAGUUAGAAGAACAACACGUGUGACUUUGUCCAAAAGCAAUCAGAAGUAUUGUUAAUACCACCCUAGUAGCACACUGUGGACCACAUUUGUAAUGAUGUGUGUCGGUGUAGUUUCAUUAGGGAAAAGCACAAAUCAAGGGAGGGCCAAUAUAAACAAAAUAUAACCAGGAAUGGAAAAAGCCAAAGCUGUACCACCGGGUCACAAGUCACGGCCCAAAGACACUCGAGAAACCGAGAGAGCUUUGACUAAAGACGGCCAUUCCCUCAACUUACCAGAAGUAAAAAUAUCAAGGAUCUUGUUGGCCAGCUCCCCGUUAGAACAAUAAGAAAUGAAAUCAAUCGUUCCUCUUAAAGUGUUACGAAACAGUUUGGACUUAUUGUCCUGAUCUUGUUUGGGAACAACAGAUGUGUCUUUGUCCACAACAAAUCAGAAACAUUGUUAAUACCGCUCUAAAAGCACACAGAGGACCACAUUUAUAAGGACUUAAAUCUGUGUAUUGUGUGGAAAAAUAUGAAUCAAUGUAAACAGAAAAUCACCAGGACUAAGAAAACCAAAGGAUCCCUUAAUGAUCCCACAGAGGGGACAUAUACAUUUGACCCAUCCUAGCGUUGGGAGCAAGGGGCUGAGCGGUGUCUUGCUCAGGGACACUUUCGGGGUCUUGAACUGGUGGUCCUUCCAGUUCCCAAGCCGAGUCUCUAUGGACUUUGCCACCACCACCCAAGUCACAAGUCAUGAACCACAGACAAUUGAGAAACCGGGUGAGGUUUUGAAUAAAGACCACCAUUCCUCCGACUGACCAAAAGUCAAAAUAUCAUGGAUCUUAGAGUCCACAUCAUCUAAGGAAUCAAUCGCACUUCUUAAAGUCUUACGAAACAGCUUGGAUUCAUUCUCUGGGUGUAGUUUGAGAACAACACAUGUAACUUUGUCCAAAACACUAAUCAGAAACCUUGUUAAUACCGCUCUGAAAGCGCACUGAGGUCCUGGGGUCAGUGUAUGAGUGUGUCUUGAAUCAAGGGAAGGUAAACAGAGGAUCACCAGGAAGGACAAAGUCAAAACUGUACAACCAAGUCACAAGUCGUGACCGACAGACAACUGAGAAACCAGAUAUGUUUGACUAAAGACCACCAUUCCUCCAAAUAUCAUGGAUCUUAGAGUCCACCUCAUCUAAGGAAUCAAUCGCACUUCUUAAAGUCUUACGAAACAGUUUGGAUUCAUUCUCUGGGUGUAGUUUGGGAACAACACAUGUCAAAACAAAUCAGAAACCUUGUUAAUACCGCUGUGAAAGCACACUGAGGUCCACAGGUCAGUGUAUGAGUGUGUCAUGAAUCAAAGGAAUGUAAACAAAGGAUCACCAGGAAGGACAAAGCCAAAUCUGUACUCAAGUUUAUAUUGUUGUGUUGCGUGGUUUAAUGUUUUCAUUGUGCAUUUAAACAACGAUUUGGGUUUGUAACGCAUUCCAGACGUAUUCAUUGCCUCAAAUGUCUGUAUGUAUGAUUCCCCACAGUGUACAAGUGAGUGGCAACACAUCAGAACAACCCAGCUUGUUUUGUACAUCUGUCUAUGUUAGAAUGAACCAGUCCUUUCAUUCCUUUGAUAUAUUUUUUGUAUUAUUUUGACAAAGCGAUAUGACAUAAUGUCAUGUGUACUGAGCGCAUUAUCACGACUAUUUAUAAUGAAAUAAAAACCCUGAAAAUAGUCUGUUUUUAUUCAUUUCCGUUCCUCCGUAAACUAAAUAGACUCUUUGUGUUUAUUUUUGAGGAACACAAAGUGAUUGACUCUUCAGAAGAAUAC